UUCAGUAAUACCAAAUACAGUACGAUCUGUAAUAUUAUGGGGUAUGUUAACGGACACUUUUAACGCAGUAACGACAGCUAGGUAACAUGUUCCAGAUGAUCCGUUACCUUCUCACUGCUUUCAGUUUAUGGUUUGUGUUCACGUUCAGGAAAAAAAAAAAAGAUGUGUGAAGUUCUAUGUGUUUAAAAUUCUUUCAGGAGUGAUUCCUGAGUCUAUUUCAAGUGAAAAAAAAUAAUUUGCUCUAAAUAAUUUGUGGAAUAUUUUAAUUAACAUGUUUUUCUGUAAUUUACUGAAAUGUUUAUUCGAUUCUAAAGAAUUUUUGAACAGAUGAGGACGUGUCGUACGAAUAUUUUAUGCAGUUGGUGUGUCCUGAGAGGUAUUUAGAGUCACAAUGGAAAUUAUGCCAUCUAAAUUUCGUUCACCACCUCCUAAACCUCCACGUCGUCGUCAUUCUGAUCAGCUUAGCAUUUCUCCCUCAGGUACUUAUCCAUCCAGCAGAAAAAAACACUAUGAUGAAAACAAACUGUGCUCAAAAGAGACUCAACGAAAAAUUGGAAAUAGCAUUGGGUGUGGAUCGCUGCCCACAAAUUGGGUUCCCGAUUUUUCAACAGAAACUAAAAAUGAACAUUCAGUGUUCUCAAAAAGAUCAUCUCUAAGUUCAACUCAUUUGAAAAAUGCUUGCAUGAAUUUACAAAUAUGUUCUAGCACUCUUACAAGCAAGGAUAGCAAUUGUUUAAAUGAUACAAUGAUGGAAGUUGAUUGUAAAAAUAAAGAACAUUUUGAGCGUAUUCAAAAGAAGGAAUUACCUUAUUUGGGACAGUUAACAAGAAGUGGCAUUUUUUCUACAAAAUAUAGUUCCAGAGAUUUUUUUGAUUUUUUGUGUAAUGAUAUACAACGUACCAGUGAUGUUCAUGAUAUGCUAAGUGACUCGCCUGAACAUAAAUCAAAUCCAAAAUAUGACCACAGACGUCAUCAUAGUGAUCCUUUACUUUCUUAUCCUGAGGGAUCGUGCUCAAAAAAUAGCUUGGAAAUAUAUGUUACUAAAAGUCAUUCUGUUUUAGAAAACUUAUCUUUAGGUAAUCAGAAUCAUUUAUGUAAUUCUUUUAAUGCUUCUUUUGAAUUAAAAGAUACUCAAAAUUUACAUGAAGAAAUAAAGAACUUAAAGGAAGUUAAUAAUAAGUUAUGGCAACACCUUUGUUCUACUCAAGCUUGCCUAGAAAAACUUACUAAAAAUGCUGAAGAAAAUGUGAAUUCAUUAUCUGUUUCCGAUCUCCUGUCUAGCUUGUACAGUUCACAAAAAGCUAGAGAUUGUGCAAUGGAAGAUAGGAUGAGAAUUAUAUUAGAAGAAAGAGAUGCUGCUAUUCAGGAAUUAGAAAAUAUGGUUCAAAUUAUAGCUAGGAGUUUUAAAGAUGGUGCAAUAGAAAAUGAAGAAAAAUUUUCAGAUAAGGAAAUCAAGGAUCUGCUGAAAGAAAUUGAAGUAACAUAUAAUCCAGCUAAGCUUUUACAACAGCAACGUUUGCUUUUAACGUAUUUAUAUCGCUCUAAGGAGUUAAAACAAGAUUAUAUGAUGCACGAGUUGAAACUUGCAGUUUCUGAAAAUAAUCAUUUGAAAGAGAAGAUGAAAUAUUUAGAAGAAGAAUUAAAGAGUAUGAAAAUUUGUAAUGAGCUUUGGAAUGCUGAUAAUAAGCAUUGGGAAAACAAUUUACUGAAUAUUUUAUGUCAAGUUAUUCAACAAAGGGAUAUUGCUCUUUCUAAGGCUAAUAAUGCUCAAAACUUGGAACAUGCCCAUGGCAGGCUAAAUUAUGAAAGUUCUCGAAUUAUGGAACCACAGAUUGAUGAUAAAGAAUCUCUUCAGAAAAAAAGUGGUAACAUAAUCAGCAGUGUUAAAAGAAAUCUUGAAUCUUCACAUUCUGAUGAAUACAAAUAUGAUGAGAUGUCCAUUGAAACCUUGUCUGAUGAUGAAAUUAGAUUGCUAAAAGGUGAAAUUUUGGUUUUAAAUAAAGCUUUAGAAAUGGAAAUAGAAAAAAGAGAAAAUGCAGAAGAAAAGUGUUUAAGAUUAGAAAGGCUUGUUAGUGUGCUUCAAAGGAAGGUGAAUGGCCAGAAUGUUGGAAUUUCUGUGUAGCACAUCAUGAACUGUUAAACCUAGUCAUCAAUUUUUGUAGUAUAACUAGUCUUUUCAAAACUUUCUAAUAUCUAUCUGCAUAUAUGUAUACUUGUACAUUAUCAUCUAUUGCAAUUAAAAAUUAUAUUUUAUUUUUUAA